CGAGGCCCGAGGCGCUAUAAGAGCCGCCGUUUGGCGCCCAGGGGAGGCAGUCGGGGGGGAGUCUCUGUGUGCGCGGAGCAGCGCGGCGCUGGGUUUGGGUGGCCUCUCCCCCGCUGGCAGGAUGUUCGAGGCGCGGCUGGUGCAGGGCUCGGUGCUGAAGCGGGUGCUGGAGGCGCUCAAGGACCUGAUCACCGAGGCCUGCUGGGACCUGGGCUCGGGCGGCAUCAGCCUGCAGAGCAUGGACUCCUCGCACGUCUCGCUGGUGCAGCUCACGCUGCGCUCCGAGGGCUUCGACACCUACCGCUGCGACCGCAACAUCGCCAUGGGGGUCAACCUGGCCAGUAUGUCCAAAAUACUGAAGUGUGCUGGCAAUGAAGACAUCAUCACCCUCAGAGCAGAGGACAAUGCAGAUACACUGGCUCUGGUAUUUGAGGCACCAAAUCAGGAGAAGGUCUCUGAUUAUGAGAUGAAGUUAAUGGAUUUGGAUGUGGAACAACUUGGAAUUCCAGAACAAGAAUACAGCUGUGUAGUGAAAAUGCCUUCUGGUGAAUUUGCACGGAUCUGCAGAGAUCUCAGCCAUAUUGGAGAUGCUGUUGUCAUCUCUUGUGCAAAAGAUGGUGUAAAAUUUUCUGCCAAUGGAGAGCUAGGAAAUGGAAACAUCAAGCUGUCACAGACCAGUAAUGUGGAUAAGGAGGAAGAAGCUGUUACAAUAGAGAUGAGUGAGCCAGUCCAGCUCACUUUUGCAUUGAGGUACUUGAAUUUUUUCACCAAAGCCACACCACUGUCACCUACAGUGACACUUAGUAUGUCUGCAGAUGUUCCACUAGUUGUGGAGUACAAGAUUGCGGAUAUGGGACACUUAAAAUACUAUCUUGCCCCAAAGAUUGAGGAUCAGCAGGAUGGUUCUUAAAAUGCACUAGGAUCAAGGGAAGAUCCCCUGAGAGCUGUUGAGAGAUGAAAACUACUUUUCUGAGGAGGAAGGAAGCCUCAAAUAAUGCUGUUAGGCAUGUUUGUAGAUAUUUCUCUGUAAAUAUUUUUUCAACUUAUUUUUGUUUUGUAUCUUCUUUGAAAAAUGCUUGUAUCUUUGCUAUUCUUGACCACGGGUCUAUUUACACCUUUUUAGAUGCUGUUUUUAGAACCUACGCUUUAACUCUCUUUGGAAGUUGCUAGUUGUAAAGGGCCGCAAUAUUGAAACAUUGCGUUACUAUAAAAAGUGAUCUUUCUAGGGCUUUACCUGUGAAACCUCAGUCAACUGAAGUUACUAAGUUUCUAAAUGACUUAACAGAAAAAGAGUUCAGUCUUUACGAUGUCCUUAUCAAAACGGGAACUGUACUAUAACUGAAAUGUGAAAAUGGUAAUAAAAUUUUUGAAGCUUAUUCUCAAACUAUGACUAGACUUAACAGUAAGUCUGAAUAGCACUGAGAAUAUUUAUUUUGGUUUUAAGUCAAAUGUAUACCUCAGCAUGAGCUUAGAUCUCAACAUUAUUUGUAAUCCAAUAAAAAAAAACUUGGAAGGCU